AUGGAGCUCCCAUUGCCAACAAUUUUUUUCUAUUGUGCUUUCUCUAGUUUUCUUUUCAUGGUACUGAAAUAUUGCAAGAAACUCAUAUCAGAAACUCAAAAACUCCCCCCACAUCCAUGGAAGCUUCCUCUAAUAGGAAACUUGCAUCAAUUGGCCGGCUCAUUGCCUCACCAUUCACUGAGUAAUUUAGCUCAAAAAUACGGUCCCGUGAUGCAUUUACAGCUUGGAGAGGUAUCUACUUUGGUUAUUUCUUCAAGUGAGGCAGCAAAAGAGAUUAUGAAGACCCAUGAUGUAACCUUUGCAGACCGACCAAAGCUUCUUAGCCCAGAAAUCUUAACAUAUGGUUGCACCGAUAUUGCCUUUGCUCCUUACGGUGAAUAUUGGAGGCAGUUACGCAAGAUUUGCACGUUGGAGCUUUUGAGCACAAGGAGAGUUCAAUCUUUUAGAUCUGUUCGAGAGGAAGGGGUGUAUGAUCUUGUGGAUUACAUCCGUUCUUCACAAGGCCUUUUUCCCAUUAAUCUCACCAAGAAAAUAUUUUCUUUAACCAAUGAUGUAGUUUGCAAGACUGCUUUAGGAAUGAAAUUUAAUGAUCAAGAAAAACUCUUGUUGGCCCUUCAAGAGGCCACUGAGCUAGUAGGAGGGUUUGCUUUACCCGAUAUGUUCCCAUCUCUUAAGUUCCUUCAUUCCAUUAAUGGAGUGAAGCCCACAUUGAUGAAAGCACAUCAAAGUGUUGAUAGAAUCUUGCAUGAUAUUGUUGUUCAUCAUCAACUGAAAAGGGAAACAACUAAGGAACAUAAAGACGCGGGUGUUGAUCAAGAGGAUCUUGUUGAUGUUCUUUUGCGUCUUCAGAAUAGUGGAGAUCUCUCGUUUCCCAUCACAGUCAACAACAUUAAAGCUGUACUUCAGGAUAUUUUUAUUGCAGGAACAGAAACUUCAUCAUCCACUGUGGAAUGGGCAAUGACUGAAUUGAUGAGAAACCCUAGGGUAAUGAUGAAGACACAAGUUGAGGUGAGGAAACUUAUGAAAGGAAAAUCCAAAAUCAACGAAAGUAAUAUUGAAGAACUUAGUUACCUAAAAGCUGUUAUCAAGGAGACACUAAGAUUGCACCCACCCAUACCACUUCUACUUCCUAGAGAAGCUAGGGAAAAUGUUAAGAUUUUUGGCUAUGACAUACCUAAGAAGACUAGAGUAAUAGUUAACUCAUGGGCGAUCAUGAGAGACCCAGAUCACUGGAAGGAUCCGGAAGAGUUUAAGCCAGAGAGGUUUGAGUCUAAUGAAUCUUAUGGAGAUAUGAAGGGGACAGAUUUUAGGUACAUACCAUUUGGGGCAGGUAGAAGGAUGUGUCCUGGUUUGACAUUUGGUAACGCUAGUGUGGAAUUGCCGCUUGCUGCAUUGCUUUAUCAUUUUGAUUGGAGUCUAGCUGAUGGGUUCAAACCUGAAGAUAUCAAUAUGGAAGAAACCUUUGGAGCAUCUGCCAGAAAAAAAGAGAAUCUCUCCUUGAUUGCUCAAUCUUUUCUUCCUUAG